AUGUCUUCACCAUUUUAUAUCAAUUCAUUAUCUAAAACUAGUGGUGCCUUCUCAAGCAAUCCUCAACAUCCAUGGCGGUUAGUGAGUUCAUCACCUUGCAAAACCUCUAGGGUUUGCAGGUUCAAGAUAUCUUUGCCUGUUUUGCCACUUGCCACCAUUGCAAUGCCAUUAACACAUUGCAAGCCCAAGGCAAUUUCUUCAGAAGUUGAUGUUGGCAGCAGAAUGGACGAACUACAUGAAAAGACAACAAGAGCUUUGAUGACAGCUUCGAACCCCAGAAUGACGAUGAAGCUAUUUGAUACGAUCCAAAGACUCGGAAUAGGGUACAGUUUUGAUGAAGAAUUCAUCCAUAAACUGAUAGAUCCUGUUGAAGGUCAGCUUGAUGAUGAUUUAUAUACAGUGGCACUACGUUUCCGCCUUCAACGAACCAAUGGCCUCCAUACUAAUUCUGAUGUUUUUGGACCAUUCCUGGAUGCAAAUGGUAAAUUCAAAGAGUCAUCAAUUAAUGAUACAGAGGCGUUGCUGAGUUUAUAUGAAGCUUCAUACUUGGGUGCAAAUGGGGAAGAUGUUCUAUCACAGGCCAAGGAAUUUACCACCAUACACCUCAAGAAAUCAGUUUCACAAUUAACCCCGAAACUACGUAAAAGAGUUCUUCAUAGUUUAGAGCUACCAAGGCACCUUAGAAUGGAUAGAUUAGAAUCAAGAAGGUAUAUUGAAGAAUACGAAAAUGAAAGUGAUCACAUCCCAAUUCUGUUAGAACUUGCAAAGUUGGAAUACAAUCAAGUUCAAUCACUGCACCAAAUGGAGCUGGCUGAGAUAACCAGGUGGUGGAGACAUUUGGGUCUAGUGACUAAGCUAACUUUUGCCCGAGAUCGCCCUCUUGAGUGUUUUCUAUGGAGUGUCGGCCUCUUACCCGAGAGCAAAUAUUCUGCUAACAGAAUUGAACUAGCGAAAACCAUUUCAAUUUUGUUGGUCAUUGAUGAUAUAUUUGACACCUAUGGUUCAUAUGAUGAUCUUGUUCUGUUUACAAAAGCAAUUCAAAGAUGGGAUUUGAAAGAAAUGGAACAACUACCUGAAUACAUGAAGAUAUGCUACAUGGCCUUGUAUAAUACUACCAAUGAGAUUUGCUACGAAGUCCUCAAAGAACACGGGUUGAGUGUACUGCCAUUCCUACGCAAGACGUGGAUUAACAUGGUGGAAGCCUUCAUGGUGGAAGUUGAAUGGAAAAAAGGACGAACUGCACCUAAUCUCAAAGACUACAUAGAGAAUGGGGUCACCACAGCAGGAACAUACAUGGCACUGGUUCAUCUAUUCUUUCUAAUGGGCGAAGGGGUUACUGCUGCAAAUAUGAGAAGUCUUCUUGAUUCAUACCCUAGCUUCUUUUCCGUUGCUGGAACAAUUCUUCGUCUUUGGGAUGAUCUGGGAACUUCAAAGGAAGAACAAGAAAGAGGGGAUGCAACAUCCAGUAUACAAUUGGUGAUGAGGGAGAAAAAUAUAACAAGUGAGGAAGAUGGAAGGAAACAAAUCUUGCAGCUUAUACACACAUCAUGGAAAGAGCUGAAUGGAGCGCUGGUUGCACCCAAUGCACUUCCCCUUUCCAUCAUCAGAGUUGCCCUCAACAUGUCAAGAGCUUCUCAAGUUGUUUAUCAACAUGACCAAGAUACUUAUUUCUCAGGUGUAGAUGAUCAUGUAAAAUAUCUCUUCUUCACACCUAUAGAUAUAUAG